AUGCACCUCGUCGUCCAGGCCACUUGCGUUUGCCUGCAGUCGCCCUUUGGCCUGCUGCAAGUUGCAACUCGAUUCCCAACGUUGGGCACUGGUGCUGGAUCCCUUUGA